AUGCCUCCCCAUCAAACUCCAACCGACUUGGAGAAUGCCGUUCCUUUCGGGACAACGCAUCCAUCGGGGAUGAUGGCUUUGAAAUCAGCAGCCUCUUCUCAAUCAUUGGAAAAUUUGAAAGGAGUUGCCAAUCCUUCCAACACUAACAUCCUCCAUCAAGGAAAGAAGACACAAGGAGAGAAACGAAAAGCUCUCCUCGAUAUUACCAACAAAUCCUCUCACCAACAACAGCAACCUCAUCCACAGCCUGCUCCCAAGAAGGUCAAGACAAGUAGUACUGCCAUUCAAGUUUUCAAAGAUCAAAACAACCAAAGUAGUAGUAGCAAUAGUAGUAACAGCAAUUCUUCUCAACCGCCAUCAUCCUCUUCAACGAAACCACCCCUCAAGUUGAACAAAUCCAAUCAGAAUACUCUUUUGAACCGUUCUAGUUCCCGAGAAUCCUCUAAAUCCUCCUCUCAGCCAUUCCCUUCAAAUUCCAUCAAAUCUCAACUCCAAAAGGCGAUCCAUUCAACAACCAUAGUUCCCGAGAACAGUGAUAUUGAAUAUUGCCCUGAGCCUUAUGAACUUCCAAGUGAAUAUCCAACACCAGUCUACUCUGAAAUCAAUAGCGUAACAGGUGAAGCAGAAGAUUUAUUCAUUACUCUUUCUGAUACCAAGAUGAAGGAAUUAACCAAAUUGCCAAGCAAAGAAGGAUCCUUCCUUUCCUUCAACGUGAAUGAACUCAUUACGAGUAAUGGUGUCAGUGGUAAUAGUGGUCAUGGUACUGGUACUGGUUCUGGUAGCAACACCAAUGCUUGUUCAAAUCAUGAUUCUGCAAAUUUAAGUGGUGCUGGAACAAGUGCUGGUGUGCCUCCUUCGCCAUUGCCUCAGCCUCUUACUCCAGUCUCUUUUGAUGAUUUGUUUAAUUUUGAGGUUUUGUAG